CCCAACCUAACCUGGAGAAGCCUCCUCCAGUUGUCUCGUUCCAAGGCAUUCUGGCCAUCUUCAAUCCUGCCUCAUCCAUCUCUAUUUUUCCCCUCAGGCAGGAGGAAGAGAAAACAGCGUUUACUUUACUGACUGCUACAUCGUCGUAACCCGCGAACAUGACACGAGUCUCCGUUUACAGCGCAGCCCUGGUGGCCUUUGUCGCCGCGACGGCAAUGAUUAUCGCAUCCAUCACGCUGCCGCACUGGGUCACCUACUCCGUCACGGCAACUGACGGCAACGAGUUCUCCAAACACAUCGGCCUGCAUCGCGCUUGUUCGAACCUGUCCGACCCGCCAUGCCAGGAGUUCCCAACAGAAGAGCUGUGCAGUAACGGCGAGCGGUAUUUCUGCUCCAUGUGGCGCUCCGUUGGCUUCUUGGCCUCCUUCUCAACAAUCCUGCAUCUUGCAUCCAUCGUCACCUUCCUCGUCAUAAUGGGCGGCGGCAAAUAUAAACGCGAGACCGGCUGGAAGGUCCUCAGUGGACUCCUUAUAUUCGUCGGUGCAGUUGAGUUUGUCUUGAUGGGCAUUGUGGCAUACCUAUAUGAGAACGAUGAGCAGUUCCAGGUUCCGGGUUGGAACUUGGACACCUCCUGGGUUCUUUGCACCAUCAGCGCAUCCGUCUCCAUCAUCUGCGCUGUCGGCCUGGGCAUCUCCGCCUUUGUGCUCCCGCCGGAGGAGGGAUACGAGUUCCUCAACGACCCCUUGCCGUAAGCGACAUGUCGGUCAACGGGAAACAAAAACUAGGGGCAUGCCUCACCUUCUUUGGCUCUAUAACGUACGCGCAUAAGGCAAACCGGCGUCUUAUAUUUUGUUUUAUUUCGAGACGAUUUGUUUCUUGACAUAGGAAGGGAGUUCUUCUACAUUCGAUUCUUCGGCAGCGGGCUGGUUAAAGUGACGAAUUGGUGCAUCUGGCAACGCGCGUAAGCAUUACUUAUGUAGACGCCAAAUAAAUGCAUUUUAUUGUUAGAAGCUUUCAAACCGAGAAAACAGACUGGGAC